GAGAGGUGGACAUUGCGAUUAAGGACUCCUGAAUCUUGACAGCUGCGCGUGAAGUGAGGAAUGGAUUCCUGAAGCCCAAAUGACAUCAUUAUUGUUCGCAAGUGGACUUAAUCAUAAUAUUAACAGUAAUGCUAUUCAUUAGAUACCAGUGAAGGAAACGAACAAAAAUCCCAGUUGUAUUUUUUUUUUUUUUUUUCCCUCCGGUAACUACACAAAAGAAGAGGACUGUGAGUGAGAGAGACAGAGCGAACGAGAAGUCGUGCCACCGGAUGGUUUUUGUUAUUUUCUGUUCUUUGAUGCAGUCUGAGGGAACGGACUCUGAUAUGAGUCGCCAUGACGAUAGAGGACCUGUGUCUCGUGCGCUGAGUUAGCCGCUAAUGCGUUAUACGCAUUUGUUUCUUUUAUUGUUUUAUUUUAUCAUUUCCCUCUCGCCUUUUAGCGAUAAAAUAUGUGGUAACCUCGCCGUCGGGAGUGACAGGGGUGUUGUCAGGGAAAAUAGGAAAGAAAAGGGAGUAGGAGGGGGGUUAAGAUGUGUUUAUUCCCCCUUUAUUUCCGCUUUUAAUGCCUUCUUUCCUUUUAUGUUAUUAUUUCUUUUUUAUUAUUAUUGUUUUGGGCAACGGACUGACGCGAGGAAGGUGUAUUAAUGCGUGAGAGCCUGCGACACAUUCAUGACGAAUUACAUCUGAACAAAUGCUGAUGGCAUAAACACCGGCUUCGGCACUGAAGUCUGAAUAAUCACCGGGAAAGAAGCGGAGACGCCGCGCAUCGACUUUGAAUUGUGGUUAGAUUGAGUGACAGGAAAGAACAGUGUGAAGAUGACAUGAUCAGCAAAUGACCAGAACGAACUCAAACUUGGGUCGAACACAACGCACAACAGCACUACCCACAAGCCUGCAUCUCCAACAAUACCAUGGGAACUAAUAAGCAGAUCGCAAUAGAACGCAUGUUGCCGUAACAUCAGCAUGAAGGUCCUCCACAUUCAGUGAGGACCAACACGCCAUCUCCUCUGCAGAUACCUCACAUUUCCUUACUAUACUCCAACUCAUCUGUGUGGCCUAGACACUCUUUCCCCCUCGUCUGUUUCAUAUCUGUCACCCAUCGCUGGGGCAGCACUCACUGCAUCUGAAGCAUGUCAUCGGUGGGUGUGGCACGAUCAGGGCGGGAUUUGGCCCCUUCUUGCUCACGCCGCAUAUCUGACACUUGCCUUGUGUGGCUGCUGGGCUUGGCACUGCGUCUGGCGCUCUCAUCAUGCCAGCGGGCAGACCUCACCGCCGCCAAGCACCCAAUGGUCACCACAGGCUACGGUAAGCUCCGGGGCGUUCGCAAGGAGCUGAACAAUGAGAUUUUGGGCCCAGUGGAGCAGUACUUGGGUGUCCCUUAUGCCACUCCGCCAGUGGGCGAAAGGCGAUUCCAGCCCCCGGAGGCACCAGGCUCCUGGCAGGAGGUCCGCAAUGCUACCCAGUUUGCACCCGUGUGCCCCCAAAACAUCCAAGGUGUGCUGCCAGAGAUCAUGCUCCCUGUAUGGUUCACCGACAACCUGGAUGCAGCUGCAGCAUAUGUACAGAACCAGAGUGAAGACUGCCUUUACCUCAACGUCUAUGUUCCCACAGAGGACGGUCCACUCACAAAAAAACACGAUGAGUCUUCAAUGAACAGACCGCGGGACGAAGAUAUUAGAGAUCGUCGGAAGAAGCCUGUGAUGUUGUUUAUCCAUGGUGGCUCAUACAUGGAGGGAACUGGAAAUAUGUUUGAUGCGAGCGUUCUUGCUGCUUAUGGAAAUGUGAUUGUCGUCACAAUGAACUACAGAUUAGGCGUUCUGGGUUUUCUGAGCACUGGAGAUCAGUCUGCAAAGGGGAAUUAUGGGCUAUUGGACCAGAUUCAGGCUCUGCGCUGGCUCAAUGAGAACAUCGGCCACUUUGGGGGAGACCCAGAGAGAAUCACCAUAUUUGGCUCUGGGGCAGGAGCCUCGUGUGUCAACCUUCUCAUCCUGUCCCAUCACUCAGAAGGUCUGUUCCAGAGGGCCAUUGCUCAGAGUGGCACGGCCAUAUCCAGCUGGUCAGUGAACUACCGGCCACUGAUGUACACCAAGAUCCUAGCCAAGAAGGUUGGCUGCAGCAAAAGCGACACUGCUGAUCUGGUGGAAUGUCUGCGAAGGAAGAGAUUCAGAGAGCUGGUAGAUCAAGACAUCCAACCUGCCCGCUACCACAUUGCAUUUGGACCAGUGGUGGAUGGAGAUGUGGUACCCGAUGACCCUGAAAUCCUCAUGCAGCAGGGGGAGUUCCUGAACUAUGACAUCCUGUUGGGGGUGAACCAGGGUGAAGGGCUGAAAUUUGUGGAUGACAGUGAGGGUGAAGAUGGAAUUUCUGCUGCUUCUUUCGAUUACACCAUAUCUAACUUUGUAGAUAACCUAUAUGGAUACACAGAGGGUAAAGAUAUACUUCGGGAAACUAUAAAGUUCAUGUACACCGAUUGGGCUGACCGUGACAACGGUGACAUGCGGCGUAAAACUCUACUUGCACUUUUCACUGAUCACCAGUGGGUGGCACCAGCAGUGGCCACAGCGAAGCUGCAUGCUGAGUUCCAGUCACCUGUUUAUUUUUACACCUUCCACCACCACUGCCAGACAGAGGCACGACCCGAGUGGGCAGACGCAGCACAUGGUGAUGAGAUCCCGUAUGUAUUUGGCGUUCCCAUGGUGGGUGCCACAGAUCUAUUUCCCUGCAACUUUUCCAAGAACGAUGUCAUGCUCAGUGCUGUGGUGAUGACCUAUUGGACCAACUUCGCCAAGACUGGUGAUCCAAACAUUCCCGUGCCGCAGGAUACCAAGUUCAUCCACACUAAGCCCAAUCGCUUCGAAGAAGUGAUCUGGACCAAGUUCAGCUCUAAAGACAAGCAGUACCUGCACAUUGGGCUGAAGCCUCGCAUCCGUGACAAUUACCGUGCCAACAAGGUGGCCUUCUGGCUGGAGCUGGUACCACAUCUCCACACCCUGCACGAGAUCUCCAUAACCACACGACUACCUCUCGGGCCCCCUGGUACACGCUCCACACGCCACCCUACGGUUUCUACCUAUCCACCCGACCCUGACCCUGAUGGUUCUGAAAGGCCUCGCUUCUCCCCCUUCCCAAGUGAGACGCGGGACUAUUCGACGGAGCUAAGCGUAACAGUAGCAGUUGGGGCUUCGCUUCUUUUCCUCAAUGUGCUGGCAUUUGCCGCACUGUACUACAAACGUGACAAACGGCAUGAGCUGCUACAACGCCGUCACCGCCGCCUCUCGCCCCAACGUGGGGCAGGGCCAGGUGUGGGAAUUGUGGGAGCCCCUCCCCAUAAUGACCUGGCACUGAGCCAGGAGGAGGAGCUAAUGUCCUUGCAGAUGAAGCAGCAGAGGGUGGAGCUUGAUCAUGGCACGCCCCUUCCCCCACGUAGUCUCCAUGGCGACCUGGAGCCCCUGAGACCACCCGUAUGCCCACCAGACUAUACUCUGGCGCUGCGGCGGGCACCCGAGGAUGUACCACUUAUGACGGCUAACACCCUUUCCAUGAUCCCUAGCACCAUCACUGGCAUGCAACCCUUCCAUGCCUUCAACACAUACCCCCCUGUGCCUGCACCAAGUGAUGGGCACAGCAACAAUGCCCUGCCCCACCAGCACUCCACCACACGGGUAUAGUAGCCACUCAGAGGGGACCAGACACCCCACAACCGUAGGAAAACAGACCUACAGUGCGAAGAGUGGUGUUCUACAUAGAUACUGUCCAACAUGCCACUCCUGUGCUUUUUAACUCCUCUCCCAGCACACUCUCUUUCUAUCUCUUUCUUUUUUCUUUUUUUCUUCUUAUAUUUUUUACUUUUCCUGUUCCUCUUAUUCUUGGAUUGAGUAAUGGAGACGGUUUUGGGCUGAGACACUUCUGCCAGUCUUAAUUUUUCCCACUCAAUACAGCAGCUAUCCCAACACUGAGCUCCUCUCUGUUUUUACCUAAUUUCCCAUUUCUGUCUUUAUCUGUUCUUUUCCCCAACACACUUCUGCUCUGCUGUAGCUGUUUGUAGUCCCCAAAAACAGUUUUUCCUACUUUGGACUGUUUUAUAAAUCAAGAAAACAUAUGUGUAAAAUAUGUAUUAUUGACAACCUUAUAAGGCUAUGAAUGAAAAAAAGAGAUUCUACUAUAACAUUUUUACCAGCAUUCUUGUGCCAAGUACUGUGAUCAUCGUUCAAUCAGAUGCAGUCUCGUGGACGGACAUGGAGAGAAUCGCCUGAACUGGAUCUAUUCGAGUAAUUUGCAGAAUUUUUUUUCUUUUUUUUUUUUUCUUUUUUUUUUCUCUUAAGUUAUUUUUUGCUUUGCACUGUCACUGUUAUUUACCUAAGGGGAGAAAUGACAAACACUACAAAUAUCUAUAUAAAAAGUAAAGAUUUAGAAUUAUUUAAUUUAUAUCUUGAUUGCAUUUUGGGAGAUUUGCAUGAUUUAUUUUUUAAGAGGAAAAUGGACAUCUGAACAGCAUUUGUUCCACAUUCAAGAUUCAAGACUCUUCUUUCUUUUUCUUUUUAUUAUUGUUGUCUUUUUCUGGAACAGUCUUAUCUCUCUUUCUGUCUCUCUCUUUCUCUCCCUGUCUCUAUUUUUCUUUUUACAUCAGCUAUAUUUUAUGCUCUUCAUUUGGAGAUUCUUUUCCCUCUGUAGAUACAUGGUCACAUCCGGAAAUGAAAACUGAUUCUUUACGAUAAUAAAGAGGAAAAAUAGUUCCCUUCUUUUUUCAUUUAUAAUUAUGGAAGUCGUACAACAAAGCUCAUCUUCUGGAGAAGGACUGAUUUGAUCCAAUCCCCUUCUUUUCUUUUUUAUCACUAUAUUUCUCUCUGCUCGUAUAUUCCUCUGUAGCAAACUGCACAUCGUGUCACAUUGAGUUAAGGAAUGGUCACUGUGCUGGACUCUUAUCUCCACAAAGACUCGGACUCUGCUGAGCUGGACAUCCAGAGCGACGGGAUCAACACCUGCACUUGUCUCCGCACAGCUGGAUUCUCUCCAUCUCUCUCUUUUAUCCAGAGCCCAAAAGAGCUCGCAACUUAUUCAGAACAUUCCUCCUCCUCAUUGACACUAACCUUUGAGUGAUUAUUGCAGUUUGAGUUCACUUUUCAUCAUGCGGACAUCUUGUUAUAUGCCCUGUUACAAGUCUCCGUAAGACCUACCGAUUCAACCUCUCACCUCUUUGUGUUUUUUUUAAUCUCUCUUUCUGGGUGCUGAGAAUUGAAGGAAGAGGGAGAUUUGCAUUUGAGUGUGCGUGUGUAUGUGUGUAUGAAAGAAUAUGCAACUUUAGAAAGGGUCAGAUCGAGAGACUGACUCUGGAAGCUUCAAGCGGUCGAUGCAUCAGGUUUGGUGCAUUUGGCGCGAAAGGUCUGGUCAUGCGCACUACACGGACUUGAUCCCAAUAUUAGCUGCGGUAGCUCUCAAGAACUAAAUGCACUAAAAUUAUGCCACUGGAAGAGCUACACUGCGUUAAAGUGGAAGAGGAGUCAUCCUUCACUCCACUUAAGUUUACUGUCCGUAACACAAAAAGCAACUGUGCAUAUUGAUCAUUUUCACCAUCUGUUUUAUUUGUUAGCUUGUCUUGUUUUUGGAGUUUCUGUCGGUGGGUGGAUGAAAACACACAAGACCACUUUCUGUCAUGCCAGAGAUAAAAACCUGACAAAAAACACAAGAUGCAAACUGUACAUUUUUAUAAAUGUAAGAGAUGACAUGGUCUUUGUAAAUAUUUUGUUUAUUGUUGGGUUCACCAGUUGAAUAACCAAUCGUAUCCACUGUAAAAACAGGUGCAAGCUCAUUCAACCAAUCACAUCUCUUCACCCACGACUCUAAAUACUCUUAUUAGAUGCCAAUUUCUUCAUUUGAUUUGAAGGUUUACAGAUAUUAAAGCUUCUUUUUGACAGUAUUUCAAGAGACAUUAAAUUGUAAUGAAUGUUGAGGGAAGCGGAAAUAAAACAAAUCCAUAUUAGAGGAUAUAUUCAGUCAAGAACGAGCGUGCUUGAUGAGAAUAAUUGUAUUUGGUAUUAAAAUUUGCUGCAAGACCCAAUGUGCUUUAGUCUCUAGAGACAAGAAAGUUGACAAAACAGUUGCUGGAAUGCUUCUGAUGGUAUAGAUGAAAAAUGGAGGGUGGAACUGAUUUGUGGUCCAAAAUAGGAACAUUUUGUUGGAGCAGGAAAAAAUAAAGGCCGAAACAUACUCUAUGCAAGUCUGUUAACACAGAUUGGAGCACUUGGCCACGGCAAUGUGCGGCCCGGUUAAACAUGCUUAUCGUACGUUUUGCGUUACUGUGGCAGGAACAAACCUCAGUAGUCAAGGGGGUGAUAAUGUUACCUUCAAACAUCUGUGCCAAAACUGAAUGUGUUAUUAUUCUGGUAAAUUGCUAUUGACUUUAACCUGCUUACCAUUGCUCCGCCAUGACAUUAGUUGGCUUGUAAGAGAAAAUUGACCGUAGAAGUGGGCAGUUCACACUAAUAUCACUAUUGCACCCCUUGUGGCAACGUUGAGAAUGCAAUGCAUACCACUGAUAUACAAUAUAGAACUGGAUGGCUGAUGACAUUAUAACAUUGAAACCACUGCGCCACCAUAUCUGUAUGCCUAAACAUUCCAGUGUGCCUAUGAACUUAAUAGAAAAAUAUCUAAUUUAAAAAAGGGGGAAAAUUAGUCAUUCAACUACCACUUGUAUAUCUGAAAUCUGCCUGAAAAGCCUUACAACACAAAAUUUCUAUGCAUGUUAUAGUUUAUUUAUUUAGAGUCUGGACAUUUUCCUGCUUCUUGAAAGUCUGAGCAAGUAAAGCUAUCUAAAACGUAGCGCUAACUAACUCGAGAACAGAUCUAGCUGAAUGUAAACAAGUUCACUGAAACUGAGGUAAGAUACAGACAUUUUCAGACAUAUGUAUUGCGAACAUUGAAGUGUUCAUUCUGAGUUAUUUUUGCGAAAAUUGUUUCUAUUAAAAGUGUCUUUUUCUCACGGUGACUUGAGAGUGCACAUUCUUGCUUGCUGUUUCUCUCUCCUACUAUUUAAACUUAGCUGCACACUUGGACAGGUGAAUGCUGUGAUGUCGCGAUCCACGUUAAUCUUCUCCCUUGCAGCGAAUAUUAUCCAUAACGAGCAAAUUUAAAGUCAGUCACGAUUGUCACCAUGGUGAAAUGCUGGUGGUAUCGGCUAUUAGUCAUUGAGGCUCUAUGGCAGUUGGGGAAUACCAAAAUGGCUGCUCAAACACUUCCAGUGGCUUCACUUCCUGCUGGGAGUUUACCAUUGCGUCAGCAAUCCAGUUCUACUGUAUAUAUAUCAGUGGGUCUGACACGUUUUUUAUGCAGUUACGCACGUAGUAACACUUUAUUUUGAUGGUCCCAAAUAG